CCACCCUGAAUAUUUCAUAACAAACUACUCACUUUAGUUCAGAAGAUCCUCACAUGACUGCACAGUGAGAAAUCGACGUUUUAACAAGGGCUUGGUCUGAUCUUAUCCAGUGCAAGAACAAAGUUUGUUCCUAAACGGUUUAAGACACAUCAAGCAGAUGGAGUUACCACCUCGACCUACACUGUUCGACUUCAAUGGAGUCUCCAUGACCAAAUACUUCACUGACAACUGGGUUAACAUACAGAGCUUCAAAGCAAGGCCAGAUGAUAUUGUGUUGGUGAGCUAUCCAAAAGCAGGAAACACAUGGGUCUCCUACAUCCUGGACCUUUUGUACUUCAGCCAAACAUCGCCUGAACGACAGAACUCUGUACCACUUCAUGAAAGAGUGCCAUUUCUGGAGAUCAGCAUUCCGGGGUUUCCCUCUGGAGUGGAUGAACUGAAUUCAAUAAACAGCUUUCCACGCAUUAUCAAGACACACCUACCAGUCCAGUUUCUUCCCCAGUCCUUCUGGGAACAGAAUUCCAAGAUCAUCUAUGUAGCCCGCAAUGCGAAGGACACAGUUGUAUCUUAUUUUCAUUUUGACCGCAUGAAUAAGGCCCAGCCAGAGCCUGGAGACUGGAACAGUUUUCUGCAGAGAUUUGUGGAUGGAAAAAUGGUCUUUGGUUCCUGGAAUAACCAUGUGGGAGGCUGGUGGGAGGAGACAAAGACCAGAUCUAACAUUCUGUACUUGUUCUAUGAGGAUCUCGUUGAGGAUACUGAACGAGAAGUCAGUCGGAUCUGCUCCUUUCUGGAACUGUCACCCACCAUGGACCUGAAGAAAGAAGUGAUAGAAAAAUCUCUCUUUAACAACAUGAAGCACAACAAGAUGGCCAACGGCUCAUCUGAUGAAUUCUUUGAUUCCAAGAUCUCACCUUUCUUGCGCAAAGGAAAGGUUGGUGACUGGAAGAAUCAUUUCACUGUUAAACAGAAUGAGCAGUUUGAUGAAGACUAUCAAAGGAAGAUGGGAAAUACUGAUCUCCACUUUCGAACAGUUCUGUAGCCGCCCACAGUAACAGUAUUACCACUGAACACAAAUAAAAACAUGCAUAAGAGCUUAA